GUCCCUGUCCUGGGAUGCUGCUGAGGGUGUGUGUGAGUAAGCUCAUGCAUGCUCCUCAGAGUCAGCAUCUGUGCUUUUGAAUAUUAUGGCUUGACAUUUUGUUUAUAAAUGUCGUAACAAUACCACGACUAAUACAAAUUUGGCUGAGCGACCCCAAACUGGCUCCGGGCUGACUGAAUCCCACUUGUGUGGGUCUGACGAAGCCUGUUAUGGCUGUCAGAAGAAAGCAAGGCCCCAAAGCUUUUCUUUCAGAGCUGUACCCUUCGGCAUCCGACAUUGUGUCUGAGGGACCUGGAAAACUUUCCGGACAUGGAGAAGAUCCAAAUCCUAAGGAGCCAGGGGAAAUUCAGCCAACUUCACCCAGGUUUUGUCCAAGUGAGGGAUCUGGGGAUGAAUCUGUCCGAGGAGAAAGCCCUCCUGAUUUUGACAGCAUGGAGGAGGACUCGAUGUCUGAAUAUGAUAAUGUGGGAUCUGGAAAGGAGGAAGAGGGGGAGCAGGAUUAUGAGGAAGAUCUCCAAACCGAAGCAGACAGAAUGACAUACUACGUCCACCGCUGCCCUGAAGACGAAAGUUACAUGGAAGGAAUGGACUGUCAUGAAGAGCCAGAUGGUGCUGAGGGUCCCAGCACAUCCAGGCGCUUCAGAGAUCACUCCAAACCAGAGAUUCGGGGGCACUCAAAGGGUUUGUGUGAGGUAGAGCAAAAAAACACAUCAACGUUGGUCUACAAGCAUCCUGAGGCCACUUUUGUGCAAGCCCCCAUGGCUGAGGAUGAGGAGGACGAGACUGAGGAAGAGGACAGUGAGGAAGAAGACGAUGGGUAUUUUUUCUAUGAAGGUAAAGAUGCUGAGCAGAACAACAAUGAGAUCCGCCAUAAAGGUGAUAAUGGCUUACCGCAAGAAAGCAAACGACAUUCCCAAGAUUCCAGUUGUGGUCAAGUUGGACAAGAAAACGAUGCAGUUAGGGACCAUAGAAGGAAUCAGGAAAACACUAAACAAUCCAAGGACAUCACUCCAGAGUCAAGUUGUCUUCAUAGAGAAGGAAUGGGAAGGGUUAGGGAAGAGUCCACUACUAAAAAUCGGAAAGAUUGUGAUGUCCUAAAAGCCAGAGGAGGCAAAGUGGACCCCGCAUAUAAGCCAGAAAGAGAACACAAUAAAGACAGGGUUUACCAGGAUGACAGUGGGGUCACUGUGAAAGCUAAAUAUGUGGAUUCUGGGGACAGGGUUUGGAAAAAAAGACAUUUAAUAAAAGACUACAGAGAUGAUAAUAGGGACAGAGAUGAGAAACAUUCACAUCAAGACAAUAAUAGCAAAAAUAGAGGACGACAGCAGCCUGCUUAUAGUCACAAACCAGAGGGUGGGAAAGAGAAGCGAAACGUUGAUGUUGACAAAGAAAAGGUGGAAAACCAAGCUAAGGCCAAACCGAAGGUUGCGCCACAAAACUCAGGGAGGGACAAAGAUGCAGCUCAACACACAAAUGAUGACUCCAGAACUUCAGCAGCUUUAUCCUGCAGGAGAAACAGCCAACAAAAAGCCCAUGAUAACACAUCUGUGCAGUCUCCAGACAAACAGUUGCCUCAACCCAAUGAGGAGAAGUCAAGGCCUAUUCAGGAACAGGGUUCCCUGAGCAGUCCUGUUGACAAAAGAACAGGGACACCAUCUGCACAAAAUAAAGAGCCAAUCCAGAAAAGUCCAUCUUUCCCAAGCUUUGUGGAUAUCCCUGGUCCGUGUGAGCCAGAAGAUCUCCUCAAUGGGAUCAUCUUUGCUGCAAACUACCUCGGCUCUACCCAGCUGCUCUCCGACAGGAACCCGUCCAAAAGUGUUCGCAUGAAACAAGCACAGGAAGCACUGGACUGUGUUAAGUCUGUAGAGAGUGAAGCUCACAGCUUGACUGAGAUCGACCUUUUCAUCUCAACCAAGGCAAUCAAAGUGCUUAAUGCUGAUACACAGGAAACGAUGAUGGAUAACGCCCUCCGCACCAUUUCGUACAUCGCGGACAUCGGUGAUGUGGUGGUUUUAAUGGCUCGCAGGCGUCUGUCUAACUCCUCUUCCCUCGACUGCACCGAUUCAGGCCUCAGCGCAGAGAACAGGAAGCAGUACCGCAUGAUGUGCUAUGUCUUUGAGUCAGAAGAUGCCCAGCUCAUCGCACAGUCCAUCGGUCAGGCGUUCAGCAUGGCCUACCAAGAGUUCCUCCGAGCCAAUGGGAUCAACCCCAAAGACCUCAGUCAGAAAGAUUACAGUGACAUCCUGAACAAACAGGAAAUGUAUAACGACGACCUCAUCCAUUUCUCUAAUUCUGAAAACUGUAAAGAGCUUCAUCUUGAGAAGCAGAAGGGAGAGAUUUUGGGUCUGGUGAUCGUGGAGUCGGGCUGGGGCUCCAUUCUGCCCACCGUCAUCCUGGCCUGCAUGCUGAACAACGGCCCAGCUGCCCGCUCGGGUAAACUCAAUGUGGGCGAUCAGAUUAUGGCCGUCAAUGACACCAGUCUCGUAGGCCUGCCCCUCGCCACCUGUCAGAACAUCAUUAAGGGUCUGAAAAAUCACACGCAGGUCAAACUGAGUGCAGUAAGUUGCCCACCUGUAACCACUGUGCUAAUAAAGAGACCGGAUCUACAGUACCAGCUCGGCUUCAGCGUUCAGAACGGCAUAAUCUGCAGUCUGAUGCGUGGAGGUAUUGCAGAAAGAGGAGGUGUGCGAGUUGGCCACAGAAUAAUUGAGAUAAACGGACAGAGUGUUGUCGCUAUGCCGCAUGAGAAAAUCGUACACACCCUGUCGGUAUCUGUAGGAGAGAUUAACAUGAAAACUAUGCCAGCUGUCAUGUUCAGACUGUUAACUGGUCAGGAGACUCCGGUGUACAUCUGAGGAACCAUUAAGUUUACAGCCCCUGUCCAAAAAAUAUUGAAACAUUGAAGAGCUAGUAUGUCUUGCUUAAUAUACAGUACUGUAUACAUAAAUGCAUGCACACACACACUAACAAAAAGCUUAAUCAUAUAAGUGGUUAUAUUUAAGGCGCGCUGUUCAUUAUUACUGACUUAUUUUGGGAAUGCAAUUACAGCAAUAAUCUUUCUAUUUCUUUGUAUAUCAUAUGGCUUUAGUUCAAGCUCUUGCAUAACAAACUACUCUGUAAAUAUUUUAAGGGACCGCGCUUGAGUUAAAUAACUAAGCUGCUCAUGAUCAAAUCAGUAUUAGCAAUAAAAUUAAAACUCAUUUCCCAUUCUUAAAGAUUAGCAAACAUACAAAAGCAUGCUAAAAUCCAAAGAGAACUAUUCAGUUUGUUAAAUAGGAAAUCUCUGUGAUAAAUUAACCUACACUGUGAAUGAAACUUUUCUUUAGAUAUAAGCAUGCUUGACUUAUGAGUAAACAUACAGUGACACAUUUAUGAUUAUGCAUGAAGUAAUAGUAUGAAUGAAUACGUCUUAAUAGACGUUGUCUCAUGGUACGUGUUUUUUUUACUUUAAACUUGCACAAUCUUAGAAUAAGAGAACAAUUACAUAUCAUGUUUAGCCCUUGCUGAUACUGAAACACUGCAAUAAAAAGUCAUUAGAUUCAUAAUUGCAUUCAUUUUGAGAUUCCACAUUCCACACAUGGCUUAAAUAAUAAUAAUAAUAAUAAUAAUACAGAUAUUGGAAAUGCAAUAAACCAUGCUUAUAUGGUCGUGAACUCAGUAUCUUCACAUGUAAAUAAAAGAAAAUU